GUUCUCUUUCGUCGUGAUUUCCAGCUUCCCAUUUCUGGUUCUUGUUCCAGAAUGCCGGCGACGGAUUUUCAAGGAUCGUCGGCAGCAUUCGGGAGGGCACUUUUGAGUCUGCGUCGCGAUCAGGUCCAUUCCAUGGAUGGGCACGGCCACAACAGCAGCCACGAGAGCUCCGGUCUCGAGUCGGAGCUCGAAGCGUUUCAGAAAUUGGUAGGGGAGAGGUUCCUGGAUCUCUCGUCGGUUAGAUCUGACGAUUUGCUUUCCCUCGCCUGGAUCCGGAAGCUGCUCGAUGCGUUCCUCUGUUGCCAGGAGGAGUUCAGGUUAAUUUUAUCGAGAAACAAGUCUUAUUGCGGUAAGGCGCCGUUGGAUCGGUUAGUCCACGAUUUCUACGAGCGGAGUGUUAAGGCCUUGGAUCUCUGUAACGCCAUUCGCGAUGGGAUUGAGCAGAUCAGGGAGUGGAGGAAGCUGUUGGAAAUUGUUCUCUGCGCCUUGGAUAACCAGAGGCUUCUCGGAGAAGGCCAUUUCCGCCGGGCUAAGAAGGCACUGAUCGAUUUGUCCAUCUCCAUGCUCGAUGAGAAAGAGUGCACCGCUGCUUUGUCCCACAGGAACCGAUCUUUCGGCCGGCAUCAAUCUUCUUCCAAGGAUAACCACCUGCGGGCGCUUGGCCAUUUCAGGUCCUUGUCUUGGAGCGUCUCGCGGUCGUGGUCUGCAGCUAGGCAGCUCCAGGCAAUCGGAACCAACAUUGCGGCGCCCAGAGCCAACGAGGUCGUGUCCACCAGUGGUCUCGCCAUUGCUGUCUACACCAUGAACUCUGUUCUGCUUUUUGUAAUGUGGGCUCUUGUGGCGGCGAUCCCAUGCCAGGAUAGGGGUUUGCAGGUUCAUUUCUCGAUUCCCAGACACUUCUCCUGGGGUGCCCCUCUAUCCUCAAUGCACGAGAGGAUACUCGAUGAGUCGAGGAAACGGGAUAGGAGGAAUGCUUGUGGACUGUUGAGGGAGAUUUAUCAGAUGGAUAAAUGCUCGAGGGUGCUGUCUGAAUUAGCAGAUUCUGUGCAGUUUCCAUUGCCGGAGGAAAGGGAGCGAGAAGUUAGGGAGAAAGUCCAGGAAUUGGGCCAAAUAUGUGAGGAUUUUAAGGAGGGGUUGGAGCCUUUGGAGAGACAAGUGAGAGAGGUGUUCCAUAGAAUCGUUCAUACCCGGACGGAAGGGCUUGAUACUCUAGGAAGAGGUGCAUUGUUGAGAUUGGAAGUAUAGAUAUCGUUUGGCUAUUGAUUCAAAGGAAAAUGUCACUGUUCAAAGUACAGAUUCUGUGUUGGUCAUUCAGUUUGAAGAACCACAUAGCCAGAGCAUGUUGUCACCGAGAGCAAUUCUACAGAUUUUCUUAAUUCUUAUUUUGAUUGCCAAAGAACUUGGAGCUGUACUGUAGCCUCAACAAGUGCUGCUGCUGGCAGGCUGUAAUGUAACGAUCAGUCUCUAUUAUUUUAAAUGGCUGAUCUGUAGUGUUUUGAUACUCUGGCGUGAGGGUUUGAAGACAUUCCUAGAUUGACCUGAUCGUUGUUAUUAACUGUCACAUGGAAAUGGGUGUGUGAUUGAAGAAGGGAGCAUAGCAUCCAAGGCAUUGGCUGGUGAAGUGUAAGCAUCCAAAGCAUGUAGAUAAAGAUGAAUUUGGGGUACCUACUACUACAAGCAGAUGGGAGAUGCUGCUAUAACUUGAGGAGUGGUGGCCCUUCUCCGCUCACGCCAGCAAUAUAUGCGACCGACUCUGCACCGUCAGCAGCUGUGCCAACGAGGCGACAGAGUCAAUAGACAAUCUGCAGGCCAUUCAUGAACCUGGGGUCAAGCUUCAACAGAUGCAAGGAAAUUGAAGUUUCCUGGCCAGAAAGAAAGGGAGGGACUCAUUCAUCAGCCUUAGCAAAACAGGUGGGGCUGGAAGUCAACUCAGCCACCAGUGAGGAAUUUGUGGCAGUAUCAUGAUCAUCAGAAAAUGGAAGGUGUGGCCUAUUUUGUCUUCCACACGCGGCAGCUUACUGGUUUUGUAUAUUGUAAUUUGAAAUGUUUUGAUGUUCUCGUUGGGUUUCUGUUGAGCGAAUGACAAAUCUCCAACCUUUUGUUAGCAACAGCUGGGGAUUUGAGAACCAGAUGUUUGGAAACUCCAUUGGUGUGGGGAUUUGGAUGGAAAAGGACCAUAUAAUUUAGAGGUCGGGUAAUGUUCACCAGAAUUACUAAAAAAGUUUACGUUUGCCACUAAAAUUAGUUUAUACAAUUUCUGGUCACUAAGGGCUCGUCUGGAGAAUUGGAGUCUAAAU